UUUUGACGUUUGCAAAUCGAUAACAAUCAAAAACAAUACACAAUGCAGUUUGUAAUAAAAUAAUUAUGCAUAAUUAACAAUCCCGAUAAUUAUUAUUAAUUCAAGAGGAGUACCAGCUAUUAUUUUGUUCCGUUAUCUCACGUCUAUAAAAGCGCGCCUAUGAAUUUGGGACUGUUUAAUCGUAUGAACCUCAAGGAAAGCAGCGAAAACAAAGGGAUGUACGCAGAAUGGACGUCCCUGAGUCUAGCAGUGCAGGAGGGAGAGCAAGAGGGACAAAGUGUCUUGGAAAAAUUUGAUUUGUCAGUCAGCAAGGAAAUUACUUUGGGUUUAGUAAAGCAAUUGGCUAGUAAUCUUGGCAUAGCACAAGCAGCGGAACCUAGCAUACUUACCACAGAUCGGGAGGUACAAUGGUCAAUGGAAGUGCUCUGCUUUGGACUAUCCCUUCCCCUGGCUGAACAUGAGGCAAUCAAAGACUGUGUGAAUGUCUACUGCGAAUGGUUAACUGCUUUACUGCCAGAACCCAAAAUCUGUGUACCAAAACCAAUAAUUUCAGAUCCGAAUGUUUAUUCAAGAAAAAUUGUCUCACAUCUACAUUACUUGUUUGUUCCCAGAAAAGGAGAAGGACCUGAUAUAAUCCACCGCCAAGCAGUGCUCUGCCACAGAGUUUUGCGCACUCUCCAAGAAAUAACGCAUAAAUCAAAAAUCUUGGAUAAGGACACAUGGGAGGCACUUUUACUCUUCCUAUUGGCUAUAAAUGACAUUUUAUUGGCUCCGCCUACAGUUAAAGAUGAUGUGGCAGACCAGUUAUGUGAAAGAGUGCUAAGUGUGCUUUUUGAGGUGUGGCUUAUCGCUUGCGCAGAAUGUUUCCCAUCACCACCGCUUUGGAAAACGUUGCGCGAGUGCUGCAUGAAUUGGAGGCAUCGCGUCGCCCUCAUCGAACAAUGGAACCGAGUGAAUUUGGCUUUGACCUCUAAAGUACUUUCAUUUAUGUACGGUCCAAACUUUCCAGAACUAAAAAUAGGAGAGGAGUUAAUUCCGCGAGGAAUGAGUAACGAUUCCAUAGCUCAGAGCUGGUACCGCUUCUUGAAUACAGUGGGCAACCCUGUGAGUUUGACCAAACCUGAGGUUAUAAGUCAAACUCAAAAAUUCCUUCAAUUUGCCAUUAGCACCGAGAGCGUCAUGGAUCCCUGUCAACACCCUUGCUUGCAACUUUUACCUGUGAUUUUUUUGAAAGCCAUCAAAGGCGUCGCUGGACAAGUAGACGCCUUUUUGGGCAUAGCACAACGAUCGGGGGCGAUCUGGUGGGACACCAUGGUGAUGGGCACCAGCACAGAAAAGUCGAGGUGGGAGUCCCCGCCCCCUCCGCCUUCCUCUAGCGCCAACCACCCGUCGCCCACCCCGCCUGUGCAACGGCGAUUGGCUAAGAGUUUUAGCGUAACGCAGUCCUCAGUAGCAAAGGGCAUGCCUAAAUCGUCCUUAGUUGGUUUAACUACCAGUAGAACUUCUGCUGUACCCUCCACUACCCCCACCAGUGGGCCAACAUCGUCUACUAGUACAACAUCACUCUGUUCAUUUGGAUCGGAAGCCAGGGUACCAUUGGCGCCAGGAAGGCCAAAAUGCAACAUCAUCCUUCACCUAUUCGGCGAAUGGUUGUUCGAUGCUGCAUUUAUCGGUUGUGAUUUGAACAGCCAACAUAGCCGGCAGUCGAGUGGCUCGUGUAAACGUCCCAGUUCAGUGGUAAUAGAAAGUGGGAAAUCAUCUUUAAGCUACUCUCAACCCAGUUCUAUAACAGAUACGGAUAUACCGCCCAAUUUAACUAUUGAUAAGUAUGAAAGCGGCAAGGCGGAAGCGUUGGGAACACUUUGUCGAAUUUUUUGUGCCAAGAAAACUGGGGAAGAGAUUUUACCCGUAUAUUUAGCCAGAUUCUACUUAGCAAUCACCCUAGGACUAAAAUCCGGCAAUAAGUCUAAAGAAUGCGGGGAAUGUAUGGUAGCCAUCCUAAUAAACUCUCAGUCCAUUUUCAGUUUAGAUUUAGAUGGUGUCAGGACAUUGAUUCCAGCAUACAUUUCCGCCCUGGAAAUUGUUCUUCCCGAUAAGGAUUUGAAAUUAAACGGAAACAUAAAUAAGGUGGAACUUAGGAGGGCGGCCAUAAACCUUUUGUUGUCUAUUUUGGUGUUGCCAUUGCAUUUUCAAAAUUGCCCAAUUAAGGAACUUUAUAGUGGAGGUUCCCUCGACAAACCAGUUUCAUUUUCGAUCCUGAAACCGAAAUUAAUGAAUCUUCUGAUGAAUGCCCUUCAGGUGGAAUACGACCCACAAAAUACUCACAUGUUGUUGGGUGGACUAUUUUUAUGUGUGCAAGAUUCUGCCCUUUAUGAGACUGCUGAGCACGUAACUCAAUCCGUAACCGGUGAAAACCCAGGAAAUCUGUUGAGUAGCGCUUCAGAUACUGCCAGCACCAUAAGCAUGGCUAGUAGUGACCGUUCAAUCACGCCAGAUCAGCGUUCAAUAGAUUCACAUGAUGCACCGUUAGACUCUGCCCAUGCCCUUUUUGUCAGAGCCACGUAUUUGGUGUGUCACCGGCUAAUUUCCUCAUGGAAAACCGAUUUAAAUGUCUCUUUGGCUGCUUUGGAGUUGCUAUCUGGAUUGGCCAGAAUUCAUAUUAAGGAAUCAGAUGCGAUGGAAUGUAAACGUGCAGUUAAGUGGCUCUGUGACUACAUAGUUUAUCAAUGUUCGAGACCACCCCCAGCCCAUUCCAAAGAUUUACAUUCCACCAUUGUAGCGGCGUUUCAUUGUUGCUCGGUUUGGUUGUGCGAACAUCCAUAUUUGUUAAAGGAUAAGGAUUGUUUAACUACGGUACUAGAAGUGUCCGAACUGGGUGUGUCUGGCAGUAAAUCAGUCGGAAAACCAAACGAACCUAUAAAAAUGAAAGAGGAAAAAGAACUAAAACCGGCUUCGAUGCGUGUGAGAGAUGCAGCUGAAAACUUGCUCACCUGUAUUUUGGAACAGGUCGCGUAUUUUCCUAACCAGUGCGGUCCAGAAUCUAUUAGUUCCUUACUAAACGAGACUUCUUUAUUAAGACAGUGCAGUUCAUCCAAUGCUACUUACAAUGAUCUUUCAAAUGCCGUGGAAAAGUUCAGAUAUUUCGUGACUGAAGGAUCGGUUAUGUUAGCGCUUUUAGAGGAGCCUUUGGGUAACGAUCAGGAUCCGCAACCGACAGUAACACUUUUAAUAAGGGGCCCGUUCGGUCGUCAUGCAUGGACGAUGCAAUUACGACAUUUACCACGACACAAAUCGGGAACGAAAUCGUACUCGUCUAAUGCGUGUAGGCCGGUAGCGAUGGAAGAUACUCCAACGAGGGCUCAAGUGAAACAGAAGUAUUUUCCGGAUAGUGUCGAUAGGGUUCAACAGUGUCAAGUGGAUCAAUCAAUACCAACAUUAGAAUCCCUGCUAGAAAACAAUAGCCCUCUGAGGGAAGAAACGAAUUUAAUAAGCCAACUGAUAAACCGACAAAGUACCGUGGAGGCAAACUUAUAUAAAAUGCAAAACCACCAACCGGAGGAGUGCGUCCCUCCUCCGGUUUGUCACGAAUUUCAAACUGCCCGGCUAUUUCUGAGCCAUUUCGGCUUAUUAGCGUUAGAUGAAGAGGUACUAAUUAUUCGCUUUCUUUUUAGUGAUGACAUUAAUCAAAGUACAUUUCAGGACAAUCCUCACACUACCCCUAACCUAGUGGCGCUGGACAGUAGUCCUACGGAAUUUUGCAAAGACCUGCAAAUCCUGGAUCAAAUGAGCCCCAGAACAUGCGAUACAGUACACAUUUUUUACGUAAAAUCUCAGCAAAAUAACGCGGAGAGUAUCGUAGGAAAUUCACUAAAUCCCAAUUCGAUUUCUCCAUACUUUUUCGAGUUUAUUCAUACUUUAGGAUGGCCGGUGUGUGUCGAUAAGCAUCCGGGUUGGACGGGACACGUUACUACUUCAUGGAAAUUAACCGGAGACUCGGAAAAGGAAAACGUCUCAGAACGGGCGCAGAAUCAGAAGAACUACGAUGGGUCGCAGCACGUGCUCUACUGGGCAGACGCAUGUUCCGAAAUAGCAUUUGUGGUGCCCUCCAAGGUCAAACAUGCAGACCCUUUGGGGAAAUUUAAUUCGGGAUCAUUAUCUUCUUGGAAUGAACAUUCGUCUUGGUCCGACUCGGCUUCAUCAAAACGCAGUCCAGAACUAGAUAGUAAGCCAGUGGCGCCCAAGAGGGGCAAUAAAUCGAAUAUUCAUCCAGAAACCAACACAAAGAUUAUGAUCGUUUGGUUGGAGAGUUUUGAGGAUCAUUUGAAUUUACCUAUAGAAGAAUUACUGGAUUCAAUGUCAACCGGCCUGGAAAAGGCUCCAAGUAAACCAUCUGACGUGUCGAUUAUUUAUUUGCAAUUUUUAACUACCGGCCUAUUUAAGAUCCAUUUGCAGGGCCCGACAGGUAGAGUAAGCUUAGCUUCUCCUUUAAUAGAUGGCAUGAUUGUAAGUAGAAGAAGUUUAGGAUCUUUGGUGAGGCAUACUUGUCUCAAUAUGGCAAGAAGGAAGAGGUUGGAUCUAGACAAUUACCAACCUCCCCAUGUGCGAAGAAGACUGAAAAUUCAAGAAAUUGUACAGAAGUACAAAAGGGAAAUGACUAAACCGGAGCUCCUCACCUAUUUGUUUAGCAGUACUUAAAAGCAGUAUUAAAUUAAAUAGUUUUAGGCACUAAAUAAACUACUUUUAUCAAGUUUUAACUUAUUAGGCACUACUUUAUUUUGUUAUAAACGUAAAUAUUUAAUAUAAAAAAAAUUAAAGAGAA